AUGUGGGGCGCGGACGCCGACGAGGUGGAGGACGGCCUCUGGGGCUACAACUCCGCGCUGACGGCGCUCGCCACCUCCGUCUUCCUGGUGCCGCUGGGCCCCGCGUACGCGGCCGUGGCCUGCCUGGGCGCGGUGGCGGCCUCGGGCGCCACCCUGGCCCUGAAGCUGGCCCUGGGCUCCGCGCUGAAGGUGCCCUGCCUCACGCUGCCCUUCUGCGCCGUGGCCUCGUGCUGCGUCAUGCUGGGCGGGCGCGUGCCGGGCGUGGUGCGGGCAGGUGCGCCGCACUCCCCCGAGGUGAACCUGCGCAGAUUUCACUCCGGCGGCACGUGA